GCUAGAGGUGUAGAUGUUUUGAGCUAACGCGCUAAACCACACCUACGCAAAACAGUUUUCGAUUAGGCGCUAUUCCAGAUGAGAGUUACUCCUUUGUGGGUAGAGAAGGUAAAAGACAAAGAUGAUCAAGAACAAACGAUCUAUGAUGUAUGUUUCAAUGCAGAUGGAUCGCAACUAGUGGUUGCAGCAGGCAGUCGUGUUCUAGUGUACAAUACAUUAGAUGGCUCUCUCAUUCAGUCAUUGAAGGGACACAAAGACUUGGUUUACUGUUUGGCUUACGCUAAAGAUGGACAACGAUUUGCUUCGGGAGGACCAGAUAAAUGUGUAGUGAUAUGGAAGAAUACGCUGGAAGGGCUGCUCAAAUACACAUUUCAAGUUGGUGGUAUUUCAAUAUUCUUAUCUUGUUCAGUCUUGUUCAGUCUUGUUACACUGAGAUAGAUCUAAUUCAGGGCAUAUGAAAAGUGGUCAGUCUUUGAAUAUCUGCUUGAGUGAUUGCCCAACUGUUAAUCGUAUAAUAAACCUGGCACUACUAGAGUAGUUAUCUAAAGGCUCACAGUUUGUGUUCUUGCUAAAUGCUCAGUUUGUGAAAACUCUAUGUUUCCAAGAAAAAAUGUCCUGCUAGCUUUCUGAAUUCGUUCAACAAUCUCUGCAUAACAAUCUCCAGAUGUAGUCACAAUGCUGCUCAGAUAGCAAUAUUCAGAAACAUUUUCCAGAACACGACUAGCUAUCAAGAUGUUUACUUGUUCAGCACUAAUGCUCAAGAUUUAGUUUUUUUCAGUGUUGAUCCUCAUACCCUAAUUCAUACAAGCAUCAUGGAAAGCAUUCACAAUCUGUUGCAACUCACUAUUUGAAGUACCUAUUAGAGCCAAAUCAUGAGCAUACACGGGAGCUUUGAUCUUAUUAGUCCCUUCAGGUUUUACUCGAUAGUUCAUGAAUAUAGGCCACCAUCUGUUCUGUAAGCAAUCAAUGCCACCACCCUUAAAGAGACAUUUUAGAGAUUUGAGUUAAUGCAACAUUUCAGAGACGAGCGCUACUAAAGUACAUUUGCUACAAAAAAGCAAUGGCUGCAUGCGCUUAUGGAAGUGACAAGAACUGCAAUGCAAAGUUACAGUUGACACCAGUUUUUACGACAGGGCCUCCUUCGGGGUCUGGUAAAACAGUUAUUCAUACGUGGUCUGUUGUGCAUGAACACUAAUAAAAGGAUGAGGAGACGAGCGGUAUCAGCGUUCAGAUCUACUUUGCUGUCCGGAUCUGUUUUGGCUUCCACCGCACUUCUGCGGAAUCACGGACAUGCUGUCGAUGUCAUGAUGUUACACGUGAUGGCGAGAAAACUCUUCAGCGUCGCGAUAGAAGUGUUGCCCGCCUGAUAAGUAUGAGUAAGUUUUGCAUAAGUGUUUCAGCUACUGAACCAAACAGCACGCUUUGCAAACUACGAUCUAGGGUAGAUAUUCUAGAAGUUGGAGCCUCGAUCGAAAGAGUUACCAAUGCGUUCGAUAAAAUUUAUCAUUUAAUCAGUUGAAAGUAUACGUAAGCAUAUCUUGUUCUGCAAAUGUGUCAAAUGUCUUAAUUUGAUUGUUGGUAACCACUCAUAAUUCUGUUCAUAAACAAAUUGAACAAGAUUGGAGACAACACAGACCCUUGAUGGACACCUGUGGUUACUUCAAGCUUUGAUGAGAUUCUCCCUAUUUUGUACAAUGCAGCCUGUACCAUUGUGCAUGUCAACAAUCUAAUCACUUCAACUUCUAUACCAGAAUCUUUGAGAAUGUUAGUGAGAGCAUGUCUUGGUACAGAGUCAAAUUCUUUGCAGAGGUCAACAGAACAAAUAUGUAAGUUGGAUCUGUGCCUUAUAGCCUUCUCAAUGACUUGUAGCAAUACCCUAAUCUGGUCAAUUGUUCCAGUUUGAGGUCGAAAACCGCAUUGCUCUUCCAAAGGAGAAUGUUCUAUCACUGGUCUUAGCCGACCUAACAAAACAUUGGCAAGGACUUUCCCAGGAAUACUGAGUUAUGAUAUUCCACGAUAUUUAACACAUACCAGACUGUUGUUCUUUUUUGAUAAUGGAAUCAGAAUCGAAUCUUUCCAUUCUUGAGGAACUUUACUAGUCUUCCAGAUCAAUUGACUAAUCUCAAUUAGUCAGUCAACAAGUUCAGGUGGUCCAGCUUUGAGAAACUCUGCCGCUAUAGCCGUCCUGACCAGUUACCUUACCAUUCUUUACCAUUCUUCAACUUUCUAAUGGCCCUCUAUAAUUUCUUCAUCAUUGAUUGGAGUGCCAAGAACCAAACAAGGAGAAACACCGGUGCCCAAGGUCACAGGAUGUGUCACUUUCAACACUGACUCAAAGUGGCAUUGCCAACAAACUAAUUGAACUUUAGUUCUCAACAAUUUACGACCAUGUUCAUCUAAGGUCACAUCAGGGGUCUGCACAGACACCUCAAACUUCCUGAGUUUCCUAAAGAACUCACCAUGCUUGUGUUGUUUACAAUCACUUUCUAAAUUUCUCAUUUCUCGAUUAGCCACUCCUGUGUGUCCUUUCUUACAGAAUUUUUUUUACCAAUGAGUCUUUGAAAUUUAGUAUAUUUAGCAAGUGAUUUUUGUUUAUCCUGAGAACGCAUCCAAUGGAUGUGAGCGACGCGUUUCUUAUCAAUCAAAUCCAAGUUUACUCAGAAAUCCAAUUGUUCUUUGCCAUUCUUGGUGCUACAAGAUGUUCUCUUGCUGAAUCCGUAACUGCUUUGCUAAAUUGAGACGAUCUGUCUGCGACGGUGUUGCUAGAUCUGUGUAAGAAUUUGGUUUCCAAUUAUACUAGCCCUGUAUUCACUUAAGGGUUUGGGUCUCCCCGGACAUCUCUCCUUACUCUAUUUGCUUGUUUUGUCACCAGAUUCAAUACCAGCUUGAUGACAACUAACUUGUGAUCCCUUUCAAAUCAGGACCUUGUUUUACUCUGCAGGCAUACACCA